UAAGGCAACAAAAGGAGCGUUUUUUGAAGCGGGUUCUGAAUUCUAACAGCGAAUCGCUCCCUGGCUUUUGACUGCCAAAUUUUCCCAACUUACUAACAGUCAAUAUUACCACUCCUGCUACUUUGUCCUUUCUUGCUUUUUCCCAGCAGGUUUUCCUUACCAGUUACUACUAGUGAUAGCAGUAGGCGAGGGGUUAAGAAAAUUGAGAGAAAAAAAUAGUAGUACAAAGGGAGGAAGAGGGAAACAAUCAUGCCAUCAGGUGCUAAGAAGAGAAAAGCUGCCAAGAAAAAGAAGGAACAAACAGCCAACACCAUCACUUCAUCAAACAACCCACAUGGAAAUGAUGAUCCGAGAAGCCAAGACGAAAGGGAUAGUGAUGGUGGCGACGCUGGUUCCCAUGCAUCUCAGGAUGACUACAAUCACCGGCAUACAUUCAGCCAGGGGGAAUAUGAAGGGAAAAGAUCGCAAUCACAUGUAACUGAGGAGAAGUCUGUGGAAGAGGCCACUAAAGAUACAGAAAGCACCGAGAAAUCGGGAUCUGGUGUCGUUGAUGUUAAAAUCGAGAAAGGGUGGGAACUGACUAAUGAUCUUGAGAGCACACAUGUUUCUAUUCAGCAUGUUGAGCUUGAUAAGAACUCUAGCAGCAGCAGUAGUUCGGAUGAUGAAUCUCAAGUCUCUGAGAAGAAGUCGAAGGAAGAAGCCUGUAAUAUUGGUUCUGAAGUGGCCUCAUAUAAUAUCGAGAAUAAGUCGGCUACUGUUUUGGCUGAAGAUGUUCCGAAGGUCGCUGAACAUGGAGCAUUUGAGAAUGGUGAUAGUAAUUCUGCAGGUGACAUUGUUGCUGUUGACAACGCGGUAAAAACUGCUUUAUCUAUGCCAGAGUUAUCGGAAACUUCUGAAAAGAAUUCAGUACCUGAUGUAGUUGAAUCAGGGUUGAAGGCAAAUGAAGAGAAAUUAUUGCCCUCAUCAAAUGUGAUUUCUGGGGUUAAAUUGGAAGGAGCUGAAGGAAAAGACUUCCCAUCCUUGGAUAUUCCUACGGCCGAAACAAAUAAUUUUGCAGAAACAAACCAAACAUUAGAGCCCCACGAGUACUCUGAAAAGCAGCCUCGUGCUGCUUCGACUCCACCACCGGUGCAAAGAACCUCAUUCUUAAGUUGUUGUGGAUUGUUUGAAGCUUUUACUGGUUCUGGUAGAUAACCGAAUUUUCGAGUUAUCUAUCAAGUUAAGAUAAAGUUAUAUUAUACUUUCCUUUAUAGUUUGCAGAACUGAGUGUUGAGAUAUACUGAGUAGGUCAUGCCCUUUGUGCAUUUGUGGGUGUAUGGGAAUGCUAGGACUAUGAAACUAGAACUUGAGAUCUGGAACUUAUUGCUUGUCAUUGUUUCUUUUUUGUUCAGUUAUCUGGUAUUCUUUUCCAAUCA